GUAAUUUAUAUGAACCUGAUUUUGGUAUCAGGUUACCACCCACUUGUUUUUGGGUCACAUUGAUUUUACUGCCAUAUUGUGAUCAUGCAAUAUAUUUAUUUGAAUCAAUAUCUAUCUCAUAGCGACAUGACCUAGCUUUGCGCCACGUGCUAAAUAUAUAUUCAUGAAAGCCUGCAAACAAACAGCAACAUUGCUUCGCUAUCUGGCGUGCAUUUACCCACGCAUCGUAAUCGCAGCAAACCUGUCUGCAAGGCUGCCUAUCGAAAACCAUUUUCACACGAAAGUUGUCAAAUCUAUCACGUUUCUUCCGUUUGGUAGUGUAGCGCAAAUUAAUUCGUCCGGAGAAUUGGUUUCAAAUUACUAGUUCCGUAAUCUCCCUCCCUCGUCUAUCCCAUUGUUCAUCUAGUGCCCUGCAAAAGUUUACCUUUUACUAUUGUCCGUUGCUCAAGAUUUGAAAUGGAAAAUUGCGAAACUGGCAACCUUACACCCGAUGUCUGUCCCGAACCUGUCGAAGAACCUGUUGGAGCUGAAACUUGUGUUAACCUUCCCGCCGACUGUAUCGGAUGCAUUACUCCGGACAAUGAUGUUCCGUGUGAUUUCGUAACAGCGUGUGCUACCGGGAGCGUAUCACAACCAGCCAUGACCGAGUGCUGUGGCGGCAACCCUACCGUCACAAGGCAACGGUCACAGGGCAACAUGCCGCAAAAUUGCUACAACUGUUCUUGUGGCCGCCCGGACUGCACUCCGAUGAAGAAAGUGCGCUAUGUCCAACCAGCAAGGCGGCAACCCUGCAAGCCCGUCUCGUGCUACAAACCGCCGGAAGUGGAGUUUCAAGGUGACUCCGUAUACAAAACCUCGUUCAAUGCCGACCCGGCGACGAUCGUCUGUAAUGCGCGCCCACUUCCUAUACCGCCCCGGAAUAAUCUAGCGAUGGCACCUGGGUGUCUGGAGAAGAACACCGUUACCUCGCUUUCGUACCCUGGAUACAAUAAUAUGGAACGGCAAAAACCCAUCCUGCCCACUGGCAAUCAGAUGAUUGCUUCCGGGCCUAUACAAGAGAUAACUACUACCCGGCAUGACUAUGUCGCUAAAACAACUCCCAAGCGUUACAAGAUAGUUCCUGAAGGUCACAUCCGAAGCGUCAGCGCUCCGUUCGAGAAGCAAACCGUGAAUAAACUAUCAUACAGUUGCCCCGACAUGGCGCACUUCACACCAGCCAAGUCCUGUAAACCAAUCCGAGAAUACAUGCGGUCCGAAAUACCAAUGGACUCUGAAACUACAGCUAAACUAAGCUACCCUCCAGUGUGUCCAGCGCCGAAGGAGGAACAUCCAUGGGCCAAACGCGCUGGAUAUCAGCCACCGUGCAUUCCAAUGGAGCACGACACUACAUACAAGAAGAGCUACAUGACUAGCUGUGGCACAGAGCGUCCGAAAAUGAUUCCGCCUUUUAAUAACUUACAUGUACCUGCUGAUUCCGGGUUCGAAUCAAAGACAGUCUACAAGGAAAGUUACUACAACGGUUGUGGUGAACGGCCUCCAGCAAUCCGUCCCGUGGAACAGUUACGGAUACCGCAUCAGAAGCUAGAAGAUGACACCGUUUACAAGUUAUCUUUCCCUACGUACUGUAACACGGAACGUCCUGCUCCAAUUGUUCCUAGACCUGCACCCUUGAUUGGGGAUGGGCCUAUCCAGGAAAUCACCACCACCAGACACGACUAUGUUUGCAAAAGCGGUACCAAGCGUGAACCAAUUGUUCCUCAGAAUCUGCUGCACAUUCCACAUGGAAAACUGGAAAGUAACACCGUGAAUCGCCUUUCCUUCCCGGCUAACAAAGAGAAUGUCCAGCCACCGAAGUCCUGCAAACCGAUCCUGUCGUACAAACGACCCGAGAUCCCGAUGGAGAGUGAUACAACCAACAAGUUGAGCUACAUGCCAGUUUGUCCGGCGCCAAAGGAAAUAUACCCAUGGGCCCAGCGAGCUCGUUAUCAGCCACCUCCACUGCCAAUGGAAUCGGAAACGACGGCCAAAAUGAGCUAUCCUCCACCCGGAGAAUUUGUGGACGAACACUGUGAAUCCGGGUUCGCAGGUGGCCCAUGCUGCCAAUCUUGUGAUCCUUCGAUCGUCAAUUGCUGUGCAAAUUUGGUGCCCGACGGAAGCUGCUAUCCAAGGGCUGCGAUCGUGAGCUAAGGUUAUGCUACAAGUCCGUGCCAUCCUUGCUGGAUUUUAGCUGUUACAAGUUCAGACCACAAGUCUACCAUUGCCAUGUACGUACUAUCUGUGUAAAAAGAAAACUGUAUUAGCAGCAGCAUACCAAAUUUUGUAGGAAUAACAUAUUUAUUAAAAUUGUAUAUUUGUAGAUAAUAUUUUACGUUAUCGGAUUAGCAAAAAUUAUACGUUCUCUAAUAAGACCAAAAACAAGAUGCCUUACUAUGUGUUCCCCAAACAA